CCAAGGAAUUUCUGCUCCAGCUGAUUCGGUCGCCAUCUUUGUCGUGAACAUAAACAACCCCAGCGAGUCGCGCUGGCGUCCGAUGUACCGCUGCUGCCCGGGACACGGCGACCACAGCUCGCAUCCACCGCAGCGCCGAUCUUUGAGAAGCGAAGAUGGCAGCCGCUCUGGGGACCUGAGCCACUGUGUUAGCCGGGAUGGGGACCGUGUGUCGUUUGCCUCACCGAGAGGGAGCGGAGGUUUAAAGGGGGCGGGGAGGGCAGCAGAGGGACGGUGCUGUCCGUCAGCCCUGAAGACAUGGACCAGGAGUACGAGAGACGGCUGCUCAGGCAAAUCAACCACCAGAACCUGCCGACAGAGACCCGACUGUCAAAGUGUGUGAGUGCGACCUGCAGUCCUGUCAGUGUUAAGUCGGGCGAUCGUUUCAUUCCCACUCGAGCUGGAAGCAACUGGAGCAUCAACUUCCACUAUGCUAAUGAGAACUGUCGCUCUCCCAGUCAGAACCAUAAAGCGAAGGACGCCAGCUCCGACUCCAGCAAAGACACUGUGGCGUAUGCCGCCCUGUUGAGGAACGAGUUGCUGGGUGCGGGUAUAGAGGCGGUGCCGGACCCUCACACAGACGACCGGCGACACGCAGUCCUCUCUCAAGACUCUCACAGCGUUUUUAGGUACACUGUCCACACUAAGAGAGUGCCUUUUGAUAGCGAUAAUGAAGUCUCACCCUACUCCCUCUCUCCACUUAGUAACAAGAGCCACAAGCUGCUCCGUUCUCCUCGGAAACCAGCCCGGAAGAUCUCCAAGAUCCCCUUCAAGGUGCUGGACGCUCCGGAGCUGCAGGAUGACUUCUACCUCAACCUGGUAGACUGGUCAGCAGGUAACCUGCUCAGUGUCGGCCUGGGAGCCUGCGUCUACCUGUGGAGUGCCUGCACCAGCCAGGUGACUAGAUUAUGUGACCUUUCAGUGGACGGAGACUCCGUCACAUCAGUGUGUUGGAACGAGCGGGGAAGUCUAGUCGCUGUUGGAACUCACAAGGGGUACGUUCAGAUCUGGGACGCAGCCGGAGGAAGGAAGCUGACCAGUCUGGAGGGUCACUCGGCACGUGUAGGUGCUCUGGCAUGGAAUGGGGAGCAGCUGUCGUCGGGAAGCCGGGACAGAGUGAUCCUCCAGCGGGACAUCAGAACCCCGCCUUCUGGUGAGAGGAGGCUGCAGGGUCACCGGCAAGAAGUAUGUGGUCUCAAAUGGUCUCCUGACCACCAGCACCUAGCGUCUGGAGGCAACGAUAACAAGUUACUGGUGUGGAACAGCUCCAGUCUGCUCCCUGUGCAGCAGUACAGUGACCACCUGGCUGCAGUCAAGGCCAUCGCCUGGUCGCCGCACCAACACGGGCUGCUGGCGUCAGGGGGCGGCACCGCCGACCGCUGCCUACGCUUCUGGAAUACACUGACGGGUCAGGCCCUGCAGAGCACAGACACCGGCUCCCAGGUCUGCAACCUGGCCUGGUCCAAACAUGCCAACGAACUGGUGAGCACUCACGGCUACUCUCAGAACCAGAUCCUGGUGUGGAAGUAUCCGUCUCUAACACAGGUGGCCAAGUUGACAGGACACUCUUACAGAGUGUUGUAUCUGGCUGUGUCACCUGAUGGAGAGGCCAUCGUAACAGGAGCCGGGGAUGAGACACUACGUUUCUGGAAUGUCUUUAGUAAGACACGCUGCACCAAGGAAUCAAAGUCAGUGCUGAACCUCUUCACACGAAUACGAUAGUGAACGGCCCGUGUCAGGACCGGUUCAGGAGGAAGCCUGUGGUUGAACUGCACAGUCGCCCCGGCGACACACUCACAGACCAGCCGCCAUCUCAGCGCCAUCAUCAUCAUCAUCAUCAUCAUCAACAACAACUGUCGCCGUUCAGACAGCUCUUCUCGAGGCCUCUCUUUUCUACACCGUCACAACUUGAGCGCUGCUGUCCCUCGCAGUGAUAUCACUGACUUCAAAAGCGAACACGCGGCCCUAUCGGCGGGACAUGUCGUCUGCUUACACAAAACAAAACAAAAACGUGGAUUUGUUGUUUUCUCUUUCGUUGUGUGAUUAAGUUGUUUUACUCUCUAUUAGCAGAAGUGGUCAUCUUCAAAAGUUCUACGCUAUAUCAUGUAACAGCAUCACAUUUAAGGAAAAAAAAAUAACCAGAAGAUGUCGACUCAGCGCGGGUGGGGAGGGUUUCUAUAUUUUGAUAAUGUGUGAAAAUGAUCGACAGCAGUAAACGACAGAAGAAAAAACAAUAAACGAGUGAACAUGCACACAGUUGCUCGUGCAGCUGGGAAGAGAGA